AUCUUUAGCUUUUGUUAAUCCAUUUGAUUUUUUUUGUUAUAUAGUAUUACGCUGCAUACAAUUUAUGGAUCGGGUGGGAAUAUAUAUAUCAUACAGUUACGGAUAGCACACGCAUUUUAUAAGCUAUUUUACCGAGUGAAUUCAAGCUUACCGAUGAAAAGACAAGACUAUUAUCUGAACGGUGAUAGUGGUAAAAUGUCAAGCGAUGGAUUUUAUAUUUCGAAGUCAAAAGCUUUUAUUAUUGUGUUUUUGGCACUGGCUGUUGCCGUCGGUGUCGGCAUUAUAGUACAUUUUGCCGGUUCUGCAGUGAAUGUGGAAUGUGUGUGUACCUUUCCGACGACCGACGGCGGGAAUUCUGUCGGAGAAACGGCAGCUCUUGAGCUAUGCAAAACAUGGGCUUCAGAAGGAUAUACAGAUAUUUGCUCAGUCUGUCCCAAUAACAGAAUGUCCAGCACAAUUUCGACCAGGAUGACACGGAAGACAAUAACAACGCCGCGAACAAAUACAACUUCCGGGUCAGUUACAACAACACAAAAUGUGCCCUCUGUCGUAUCGAAUGUUCGGCUUCCCACGGCUCUCAAACCUUUGUUGUAUACGCUUGAACUUCAGCCUCAUAUGUACACUAUGAACCCGGACGAAUUCACUUUCAAUGGGUCGGUCAGGAUACUGUUUCACUGUAUGGAGAAUACCGACAACAUUACCCUUCAUAUAAAUCAACUGAAUCUAACGGGAUAUAUAUCUGUGACCCACGAGAACAAAAUUGAGGACCUAUAUCAAAGGCAUGAGUUUGAUAUAGCACGACAAUUCAUAAUCAUCUACACCAAAAUACAGCUAAUUGCUGGACGGAACUACACCGUUGAUAUUUCCAGCUUUGUCGGGCCAUUAGUUCCGGGUUUAUCUGGACUAUACAUUAGUUCUUACACCAGAGAAGACACUAAAAUAUAUUUAGCUACGACAAUGAUGGCUCCGAUUGACGCCAGAAAAGUUUUUCCGUGCCAGGAUGAACCAGCUUUCAAAGCAGAAUUUGAUGUUACUAUUUUAAGAAAAGAAUCUAAAAAAGCAAUUUCAAAUACCCCUUUAGCACAGAGUGUAAGUAGAGGCGACGACUGGGUUGCCGACAAGUUUGAGAGAACUCCAAAAAUGUCAACAUAUCUUCUCGCUUUUAUCAUCUGUGACUUUAAUUACACCCAAAAUACAACGAAAUCUGGUAUAACGUAUCGUGCCUGGUCAAGACCGGAGGCAACUGAUCAGACUCAAUACUCUCUUGAUGUGGGUGUCAGGAUACUGACGUUCUACGAGAAAUACUUCAAUAUACCAUACCCGCUUCCGAAACAAGACAUGAUUGCAAUCCCAGAUUUUGCAGCGGGUGCGAUGGAAAACUGGGGUUUAAUCACUUACAGGGAGACAGCCAUGUUGUACCAGCCAGGAGUAUCCUCUGUAAAAAACAAACAAUUUGUUGCUAUUGUCGUCUCACAUGAGCUUUCUCACCAGUGGUUUGGUAACCUGGUGACCCCAUCAUGGUGGGACGAUCUGUGGUUGAACGAAGGAUUUGCCACUUAUAUGCAAUAUAUGGGGGUAGAUCACGUACAUCCCGAAUGGAAAAUGUUUGAACAAUUUGUUGUCGACCUUCAAGACGUGUUCAACAUUGAUGGACUGAUAUCCUCACAUCCUGUCUACGUACCAGUAGCACAUCCGAACGAGAUAAAUGCAAUUUUUGACAAGAUUUCGUACGCUAAAGGAGCAUCUAUAAUCCGGAUGAUGAGAUUUUUCCUUGGGGACGACGUAUUUCAGCAUGGACUUACGAGGUACUUAAAUGGUUUACGCUACGAUGUUGCUUUCCACGAUGAUCUUUGGUUUGCCCUGGGCAACCAAUCACUAGCGGAAGACAACCGUAUAUCUAAUGUGAAAGAAAUCAUGGACACAUGGACCCUCCAAAUGAACUACCCUGUUGUAAAAAUAACAUAUAACAGGACAGGACAGAUCACGGUAGAACAACAUAGGUAUUUGCAGGACCCAAAUGCAAUGGACCCCGGGAAAUAUACAUCUCCGUUCGGCUACAAAUGGCAUAUUCCCUUUGCUUAUACAACUAGCGACGACAAGUGGUUUAACGUGAAUUCUAAUGACGUCAUUAUAAUGAACAAAAAUGAAACUACAAAGACUAUAUCUAAGAACAGCAUACCAGCUCCGACAGGAAACAACUGGGUGCUCGGAAAUCCCAUGCAGUACGGAUAUUACCGCGUAAAUUAUGACGACAGGAAUUGGAUUGCUUUGACAGAGCAACUUAAAUCAGAUCAUACAGUUGUUCAUGUUAUAAACAGAGCCCAGAUUAUAGACGAUGCAUGGAGUCUCGCAAAAUCAGGGGACUUGGAUAUGUCAAUUGCAUUAAGAACAACAGAAUACCUAAAUAAGGAACUAGAUUGGAUACCUUGGUCUGCCGCCAACAACCAGCUGGGUUUUGUCGGUUCUAUGUUAGAGAGGCACCAGUUGAACGAGUCAUUCACUAAAUAUAUGCAGAACAAGACAUCAUCUGCAUUUGAAAAAGUUAAAUUAAACAGCACAGGAACAACACAUCUAGAAUCGUUUUUACGGUCGACUAUUACAAAUCUUGCGUGUUCCUAUGGUGUUGAAGCGUGUGUCGAUGAAGCUAAGCAGCUGUUUGCACAGUGGAUGAGUUCUCCUGAAAACAAUCCAAUCGACCCUGGAAUAAAGUCAACUGUAUAUUGCGUGGCUGUGGCUGAGGGUGGAAUUGAUGAAUGGGAGUUUGUCUUGGUACAGUACAGGACAGCUAACUUGGCUGAUGAGAAGUCAAGGCUCCUGGAAGGCUUAUCAUGCUCCAAACAACCUGUGAUCCUUAGUCGAUACUUGAAAAUGGCGAUAGAUCCCAACGAGAUCAGGCGACAGGACUCAGUGUCGGUAAUUGUGCACAUAUCAAGAAAUACGAAUGGUCGAUCUCUUGCCUGGGAAUUCUUCCAAGCUAACUGGGAUUUCUUAUCAAAUGAUUUUGCCGCGGGUUCAUUUACCUUCUCGACUCUUGUAAGCGGAAUAACAUCAUUGUUCAAUACACAAUUUGAACUUGACCAGUUAAAAGAGUUUGUGGACAGCAAAGCAAGUCUUGGAUCCGGUGAACGUGCUUUUGCUCAGGCGCUUGAAAAAACACAAAGUAACAUCAAUUGGAUGACUGCAAACGUCCCAGUGAUAGAGAGCUGGCUCAAUGAUCAAGGAUACUAAAGGCACGUUAAACGUAUAUGCUACAGAUCAAGAUGUUGGAAAGCGAGUAAGACUUAUGACGCACAAGACUACCUUAUUCCUGAACAGUCCAGAAUACCAUAUUUAUCACUUACCAUUCUUUAUCAAUUGAUAGGAAAUAUUUUUAUUUGGGUAGCCAAUUAAGGAAGUGAUACAUUGUUUACGUCAUAAAUAAUUGAAUGAUUCAAUAACUGUUUUAAAAUAUUUUUAGCCUGGAUAUAAAUUAAUUGAAUAACGGACCAUAUGUAUAUAUUUACUACUAAUAAAAACAAUGGAAUUACUAUGCAGACGGAUAGACAGAAUAUGUAUUUUAUUUUCCUUCAAUGUAAAUGAAGAACUGACAUAUUUACAUGUAUAUAAUAGUAUUUAUUAAUAUUAACAAAUCGAAUAUAUUCAACACAUCGUUAUCAACAACAGCUAACAUUUGUACAGUUUUAGAAAUAUGCCUAAACAAACAAUAUUAUCAUUAGUCCAUGUCACAUACAUAUACGUUUUUCCUUCUUUAACACCUAUCUUUUACUGUGACAAUGGUAAGAAAUGCUUGCAAAUUUUGAUAUAUUUAUCCUUACUGUAAUAAAAGAACAUUAUCUUAUACAUGUAAUGCCAAAAUUGCUCCGCUAUACAAAAACCAUUAGGGUUUUACGAUGAGCAAGAAUCAAGAUCAGUGCACAACCAUACUGUUUGUUUAUCCCCACAUCAAUUCUGUUCGUUUUUCAAUUUCAGCAAUGAUAUGAAACUGAUAAGCGAAUAGUAUGGAUCAAGAUCAGACUGCACAGAUAUGCAGGCUACUAUGGAUCCAUUCUGGUCUUAAGCCCUAAAGUUGGUUUUCGCACAGCGGGGCUAAAAUAAAAAUUGCGAAAGUAUUUAGACAAAAUCAGUCAAACAAAGAAUUCUUACCAGUAGAUGUAUCAUGUAUGUUACAAUAUUACACAUUGUUUUAAUUGCAAAACAAUCGCUCUUACACUAGCAUGUAAAUAUUAUUGGACAAUAGUACAGGAAUAAAUAUAUUAUACAUGAAGCAAAGAGUUGAUCAAUUAUUCAAUGCAUUAAUUAUAGAAAUAUACGGUAUCCGUGAAGAACAAAACAUAUUUUCUAGGUCUUUAAAACUUAUAUACAAACAAAUAUGAUAUAUUAUUAUCGUAAUACCAAAUUUAUAUAUAGCGCCCUUUUCAUGAUAAACACUUUUUAAAGUGCUUUACAUACAUGGACAGCCACACAGGGCGCCAUUCAUCCUCCACUAGUACACAAACUGAGCGAACGGACCAGAGGAACAGAGCGGGAGACGGCCAUUAGAUACAGACCCGUCCGGCUAGUUCAAGCCUUGUUCUUGGCGAAAAGACAGUCUAGUGCUUUAACGUAUCUGGGUUGAAGCAACGAUACACGCGAAGCCAACUUUCCUGGGAAGAACCGGUACUGGCCUCUUAGAUGGGAGACACUCUUAGUAAUUGAAGUGCCUAGACCGAGAUUCGAACACCGGACAUCUGGACUGACAGUCAAGCGUGUUAUGACUAGACCAUAUGAUCUUCAAGGAAUUGUUCUUGUAUUAAAUUAAUUUGAAUGAAAUAGUUACAUUUCCUGGGAUAACUGGAACUAGUAGCUGAAAUUUCGUGCAUACGCAAAACCAAUAUAAUAUCAGUCGAAAUCGUCAAAUAACUAACAUUUUAUAAAUGAACUACCAGUGAUGUCUUGUUAGAAAAACAUAUAUACGGCAAUGUAACGAAAUGAUCAAACACUCAGCAUCUCGCCAUACUAUCAAUUAGAGAUUGUUUAUGUCUGUAAAUCACCCGUUUAAAGAAUAAACUAAUCUAAAAAGGAGAAAAUAGCAUCAUUGAAAAUCGCCUAUCGUUAUGAAUAGAGCAAUUAAAACAAACAUGUUCAACGAUCAAUUUCCAUUACAUAUUAGCCAUUUUUGCCAAAUAUUUAGAAAUGAUUAUAAAUUAAAAUAUCUUUUAACUGCGGUUUUGAAAAAAAGGGAAUGUUAUUCUAUCCAGUGGGAUUGUAACAAGGUUCUUAUUUUUUGUAAGUGGGUUGGGUUACCCUGAAAUCCCGAAAAUAAGCCGGUUUCGAUAAUAAGCCGGUCUCGAAAAUAAGCCACCAUUUCACUACAGGCAAAAGGGGCUCGUAAAUUAGCCGCUCUCAAAAAUAAGCCGCACAUUUUUUUUUGUAUCAGUAAUAGUAUCAAUGACUUUGUCAGGACACCAUAUAAGACAGCAAAAGUUACCAACGUAUACAUAGCAGAUUUAUUUCCAAAUGUAAUAGCAAUAAAACAUACUUUGGAAUAAAAACUUAAAACAAUGCAAGUUGUGCUGAUUUUAAAAACACUUUUUUGUCACAUUUCGGCCGUUUUUAUAGGCGUUAUUGGGCUAUAUUCCCAAAAUUGCACAAACAUUGACCAAAUUAUGGACAAUUUUGUAAUGGCAGUUAUGUUAAAGAGGUUGUACAAUGUGAAACAAGUGUAUGAGAAAGUACUUAAACACAUCCUUACUAUAUCCUGUGGGACUAAAUAUUUCCCAAUUUGGAACAUUUACGCGUCAAAAUUCCCAAUAUUGGGGGUAUAGGCUUUGUUUCCAAAACAGAAAGAAAAAACCCUGCCUAAUUUUAUAGAGUACCAUUCAAUGCGUGUGUACAUUCAAUGUGGCAGAAGGAAUGCCGAUCAUGCUCUGUUAUGUAAAGCAUCCAGACGAUUCAGAUUUUGUUUACACUAGUAAGAAGUCAUUGCAUGCGUUUCUGUAAUUUCAUGUACGUUUUUAUAUGCUAAAAAAUCAACAGACAUGCGUAUAUGCAUUAUUUACGCUAUUACGCAUCUUAUCUGGAGCCCUGCUGAUCUGUUAAUUACUGUAUGUGCCUGUUAUUUUUCAAAAAAAAAAUCUUUUAAUAUCUUGCUCCUAUAUUGAGAUGUACAUCUGCAACAGAAAUGAUGCAAAUUGUUUUUAAUUAACAGUUCAUGUAUUUAUUUGCAACAAAUACCACUUCUUGUAAGUUUUGAUUUACAGGAAUAAAACUAUGUCUUCAGACUCUAAUAUGUGUAUGAAUUACAAAUCAUUUGCGUUUCUGAACAUAACUGAUAUGUGGUGUUAAAGUCGUGCUAGAUUUUUACACGUAACAACUUUUUCAGGUUUUUUGUGCAAAAUUGUCUGCAGUUAAUUGCAUUUUUUGGUAUUUCAUCUAUUUUGAUAUGACUUAUUCAUCCACUAUAAAGAAACAUUUACAUAAUUUCUUGAAAGAGAUUACGAAGCAAUUCAAUAAAAAAAAUAUGACUGGAAAUCUAGCUUCAUUCAAAUACACGGAACCUUCAGUUUGGAAAACAGUGCAUAAUUUCUAAUCUGCACAUUUUUAACUCUUGAAAAUCAUACAUAGAGGAUAUUACAUGAGUGUUUUUCAAUAUUUAAAACAGAAAAGGGUUCAAUGGCUUUCCUUUGCUCCAAACUUGUGCGCCAAUACCUUUAUUCUAUAUAUUUCGGGCUAAUACUUUGUUUCUGGUUCAGAUAUAUGAACAAUUUUUUUACAACUUACAUUACUCUAUAAUGUUGUGAGACAGGGCUUUUUUCCCCUAUAAAUCUACCUCUGGUAAAAGGAAGUAAUCCCAAUGCAAAAAAGUGUGUUUUUUUUUCCGAAGUUGAAUUUAAAAUUCCCAGAUGAUUAUACCUUUUAGGGUUUUUGCUGUUUUAAGAUAGUUUUGCUAAUUUGUAUGUAUAUUUAGGUAUAUUAUAAUACUGUUGAACAAUUACUGAAAUGCAAUUCAUUAAUAUUUCACACAAAAACACAUUGAUGUAGAUUUUGGUAACUUGCAAAUUGUCCCAAUUAAGUCAAUUUCCGAGAACAUUUUCCCAAUUCCAUCGGUGUCUGUGGCAUUCCCAUAUUGAUGAAGAAAAGGCCUGUGAGAGCACUGUAUACAUUUAUGUACCAGCGCAUUAAUUUAAAGGUUCAGUUAGAAAGCCAUUGAACACUAUUUUGUUUUAAACGUAGCAUAAGAACUUAUUUCUUUUGGACUUCAACAAUUAUGCGUCAUAAAAAUAUGAAAAGGGGAUAUAAUUCUACCCAAACUGAAGCCCGAUCUGUCAAUGUGACCAGCCUGAUUAAUUUUAUUCAACGAGUUUAAUAAAUUCAAUCUGGCAAGUCACAAAAUUUUGUAAUAUUUUUUUAUCACAUGUUAGCCUUUCCUGUUGAAACAUUAAAAUUUCUAAAUU